CGCCGGUGACCGCCGGUGGCGUUUAGUUCGACAGUAUUCACCAGUCGGGGGUGAUUGGUCCGCUACCGGAUUGGACAGUUGCUUUCAAGCAGCUUAAAAGUGGUGAGAUGCUGAAAGGUUUAAGUUGUUUAGUGGUUGUUUGUGCCUGUUUGAUUGAAGACAACGUUGAAGCAGAACAAAAUGCCCUACAAAGUAUAGCGUUGGCGGUAGCAAAAGGCAAGGAACUUCUCGAUCGUGGUAUCAAAAUUCAAUCGGAACGACAGGACAGCGUUGAUUUCUUCGGAACGAAAGUGGACACAAGCUUUGCGACCAAGCAAGGCUUUGGUGAUGCUGUUCAGGAGGGAUCAACCGACAGCUUCGAGGACGACUUGGUGCGAAAGAAAAGAACGAUCGAUGUGUUGGACUACUUGCGAUCGCAGGGACUGUUCACGAACUCCGCGUCGGGAACAAACGUAAACAUCGUGAAGAUCAACUCGGUAUCGAACGUGAACAACUAUGGGCCGACACCGGCAGAGGCUACAACCGCGGCAAGCCGUAGGAGACGAUCGCUGAAGUACGUGGCGGCUGAUGAGACGGUUUCGAUUAUGACCAGCGACGAUGAGAUGAAACGGGACGGAUCGUUCAAAGGUCGUACCGCGGGUGAGGUUCACGAGGCUCACAUGAAGAAGCUGAUGGUGGGUUUUGGUAAAGGGGACUUGAAGAAGUCAGCAAACAAGCGAAUGGUUCCGGUGCUGUACAAGUCAUGGGACGAGAAGGUGUCCGGUUACUUGAGUGAAAGCCGAAUGAAGCCAAAUGGAUCGCUGAAGACGCACACAAUAUCACAAUCGGAUGACACGAGCAAUAGAGGUGUUGUCGUUGGAGCAAAGUCCGCUGACGAGUUGGAUGACGAGGUGCCGAUGCGGUACGAAAGAUCGCUUGAAGAGGUCCGUGCAAAGCGAUCUCCACAGGAGAUUGACGAGGAUGUCACAACUGAGAAGCCACGAUGUGGCGGUAAAGGUAAGGGAGGUCCUGGAGGAGGAGGUGGCCGCGGCGGAAGACGCGGUGGAGGUCGCGGUCGAGGUCCUCCUCCACCACCACCGGAAGAUGAUGACGAAACCGAUACGGACGAAGAGCGAAUGAAGCGGGAGAUAAAGCAGAGUUCACAAAAUGAUAUCCAAGAUCGUAGUGGAUCAACAAACAGUGUCAGAUCUACCUCGGUUUCCCCCUUGCAAUCUGACUCACAACUCACGACGGAAUCUGACUCUGAGUCUGGAUCAGAUUCGGAUUCGGAAGAUUCGGAUUCCGGAUCGGACUCAAGUUCCGACUCCGACUACGACUCUGAAUCGGACUCCAGCAGUUCUGAAACCCAAGACACGGAACUAAACAGUGCUAGCGAGGUCUCGUACGGGACUUCAACUCCGAGAUCCAUCAGAAGAAAACGAUCUCCUUGUGGGGGCCGCAGACAGCAGCAGGUGACCACUACGGUGGCACCGGCGAUGAUGCGCAGAGCGAAGCGGGAUGCAACCAUUGGUCCCGAUGUCGAGGAACUGGACGAGGAGCAGCAGAAGGUUCACUCGUGGUUCAGCACGGUGGUGGAAACGAUCGUCGAAUCGGCGAAGCGAGUUUCGGCUGCCGUUAGGAGGGUUUUCGGAAGAGGGGAGCAAGGUGGAGAUCCGGACGUGGAGAGUUACAACGAAUCGGCUAAUCCGAAUGCGGAGACUAUGGCGUAAGGGAGAUGUGGGAUUGCUGAAACUUUUUUCGUUUGCAAUGUU